AACGCUCAUUAGCAUCCUUCCUCCGCCUCCAUUUUGCUGCGCCGUCGGACCUCCCCCGCCGCCGAGAAAGUGGUACGCCCCGAAAUGGCUGCCCCUCUGAUCCAACGCGGGUUCCAGAAGGCAGCCAAGGCCUGGGUCUUUGCAGGUAAAAGAUGUAUUCUUUCAGCAGCUUAUGUGGACAGCACGGCAUGGGAACAAAGAGAAAAAGAACAAUGCAAGCUGGCUGAUUUGGCCAAUUUGAUGGACAGAACCUAUGAGAGAAAGCUUCCAGUCAGCUCUUUAACUGUAUCUCGGUUUAUAGACAACAUUUCUUGUCGCGAGCAUGUGGAUCAAGCUGAAUAUUAUCUCUACAAGUUUCGUCACAGCCCUAAUUGCUUUUACUUAAGAGACUGGAUAAUCCACAGUUGGAUCAGACAAUGCCUCAAGUUUGGUGCAAAGGACAAAGCCUUGUACACUUUUCAAAAUAAGGUACAAUAUGGAAUAUUUCCAGAUAAUUUUACAUUAAAUCUUUUAUUGGAUUCCUUUAUAAAGGAUGGGAAUUAUGAAGAUGCUAUGGCUGUAGUCACUGAGAUCAUGAUACAGGAAAAAUUUGAGGAAGUGUCUACACAGCUUCUCUCACUCCAUGUCAUGUACAAAUAUUUGGCAACCAAAUCAGAAUUAACGUGGAAGGAAGAGAGAAAUCUUGGAGCGUCCCUCAUGUUAACAGGAUUGAAGCAGAACAACACUGUGGGAUUCAGUUCUCAGCUGUAUGGCCAUGCUCUUCUUGGAAAGGUGGAGCUACACAAGGGGCUCCAAGAUGUGUACCGAAAAAUGCCCCUUAUGUGGACUCCUGGGUACCUGAACAGAGCUUUGCAAGUGAUGGAGAGUGUGGCACUGCUGCCUGACCACAGUAUCAAGCUCUGCAAGGAAGCUAUGGAUGUUCUGGCAGCCAUUUUGCAGCCUGUUCCUAUGGCAGAAGCUUCACAAGAGGACGCCAAGGAUUCAGAAGAAACGCUGAAGCAAGCACAAACAGAAGAAACACAGAUAGCUCAGCUGCCUGAGUACCUGCAUCGAUUUACGGAACUGAAUUCUAAACUACAGUCGCUUGGCAAGGUGGAAUCUGCUCGGUUGUUGACACUGACCACCCAGCUUGUUGAGAAGGAGCUGCCAGCAGCUGAAGUGGAAGACACCACAAAAUACAAACAGAAACUAAAGGAGUGGGAGCAAGAGCGAACUGCUCUGACUGAAAGGGAGAGAGAAAUGAGGGAAAAGGCCAAGCAGGAGCUGGAAGCCCGCGAUGCAGUAAAAGCAUCUGCUUGAUAUUCUGCUUAUAAACUUUCUCAUGUGACAGAGAUGCUCCUGGCAAUGUACAGGAGCUACUAUGAAAUAGGCCAGAAACCAUGUUGACAUGUGGCCUUGACUGUAUUCCAAUUAAACCUUUUCAAAUACAUCUUA